CACGCGUUCGUUGUAAGUAAGCUACCAUCCAGACUCGAUGUUACAGCGGACUAUCGCAAAUAGAGACUAUCCAUGGGAUAGGACGGGAUUUGACAUUUUUCGAUCUGGCUAUGAUCGUCUCAUCGGGGAGAUUCAUCUCAAUGAUUUGCCGCGAUCGCUGAAUAGCUGCUAAAAGUUCUUGUAUGCUUCAUGAUAUCAAGGUAAGUCUUUGUUGACAAACUGACAACCCUUGUCUUAAUUGAGUAGUUUUUUUCAGCAAGACGCAAAAAAAAAGUACUAGAGUAUGUAAAUAAAAGACGGAGGGUUUGCUGAAUCCUCCUGAAGUUAAUCGCUCUCGUCGUAGGGCCAACAUCACGAACAUCAAGUUGUGUAUACAGAGUAGAAAAGAUGUUCGCCGCGUUCUCGUUCGGCGGCGCGAAGCGAGGAGCGGAGGGCCCAGCAGCUGCCCAGAAAACUGAUGAGUCCGGAAAUUCCAACGAAGGGAAAAUAGAAAGUCAAGAUGCGGCUACUACAUCCGCUCACGACCAGUGUGGGGAGAAAGUUUCUACGUCGGCUGCCACGGAAACUGUAAAUCAGGAACAACAACAAGAGGAAGAGGAUCCGUUAUCAGCCGUAGGCGGACCGACGCUUUUCUCGUACCAAAAGGAUGGCGUCGCUUGGAUGCGUGGAGUGUACAACAUGCGCAAAGGUGGAAUUCUGGGCGACGAAAUGGGUCUCGGAAAAACAGUCCAGGCUCUAUCUUUCCUCCAGCAGACUCCAGAAAUUCACGUCGGCUUAUUGCUAUUUAUGCAGACAGUCUUUCUACUACCUCGUCUCAGUUCGUCUUCGCAGUUUAUACAUAGUUUUUAGAUUUAGAUUGAUAUAGAUGCGCAAGUAUUUUUGAAUUUGCUCCAAUCGCCUAAUGCAUCAUUACCAGACGUCAUGAUCGCAGUCCCAUCGCUGAUAACUACAUGCAGAAGAUUCGGAUUCAGAUUCACAUGUUCUAUGAUGAUUUCAAUUUGUUGCAGCUUUCAUAAGUCGUCCUGUUACGGUCGUUCACAUGUGGAUGCGCGAAGCGAAGAAAUGGGCUCCUCGUUUCAAACCCAUUUGUCUACGACUGCCUCCAACACUUGGGCAGCGACGGGCAAAGCUGGCGAUUCAAAAGAAGUUCAGCACUGGACUUUUCCGUAGGUAUCUUGUACCAGACGAAGGAGCCAAAGGACCAACAUUGGGAGACGCAUCUUCUCAACAACAAGAUCAAGAUGGAGGACUGAAAUCUACUGCGAGCAAGACUAGACCGAACAAGAAAACAGCACUGCUUUUCAUUGGAAAUAUCGAAAUUCUGGUUUCCAAUCCGGAUCUCCUAAGCGAAAUCAAGGUGCAAAAGGAUUUGCUGGAGACCGAGUUCCGCUUCCUUUUCAAGAAACGACUCAAGUUGCUAGAGAAACAUCAGUUAAGACGAGAAAACAGAUCUUGCAUUGCAGUAUCGAUUUCGUCAUAUGUUGAUGGUCUCGAAGAUUAUGCUGAAUAAACUGUCACGUAGGUGUAGUCGACGGAAAUCCUUGUUUGUUAAACUUACGUAAAUGCUUGCUCUAAAUCAGGGCGAUGAUUUGAUGCAGGAUUUUGGUGCCGUGGAUCCCGAUGAGCAGGAGGAUACCGACAAUGAGAGCGCUUUUGACGAGGAAGAUUCGGAUCAAGAUGACGACAACUCGAAUUCUGUUGCUCGACUUGAGCCAGGGAGUACGGGGAAGCGCUUCGCCCCUGGCCCGUUUUCGACGCAGAAAAAGCGGCGCAAACUGGAUGAUGAGACUGCAGCGUCCUCCCCGUUCGAUGACAACUCUCGGAGUCGUCUGAAUCUUGCAAAAAGCUACCCGACACCUGUAGUACUUGAAGAUGCUAUGGUAGGUGGAGGAUCUUAUGAUGUUAGUGCUGUCGGCUCGUCAUCAUCAGCGGCCGUACCGUCGGCUACACGCUCAGCUGUGACAGCGAUGCCUUCGUCUUCCUCAACGGCUGCGUCCGGCAGGGCGCUGCAGCUGCGAACGUUCCGGCAGGGCGCCAGAUAUGACUGGGAUGUCGUUAUCGUAGACGAAGCACACCGUUGCAAGGAGCCUGGAGGAAAGGCAUCGCGAAACCUCCGACUGGUGCGUUCGGUGAGCAAGUUUCUGCUUACAGGUACGCCCUUGCAGAACGAGGUGCGGGACUUGUGGAAUCUGCACGAUAUCUGCAACCCUGGUAUCCUAGGCAACCUCCAGUCCUUCCAGCGCAACUACGCGGGACCGAUCAGCAAGGGCAUGCUGAAGAACGCGGGCGAGUUGGAAGUCGAGCUGAAAAACGAGCUUGCGCAGCAGCUGCAGGAGCGCACGCGGCCGUACUACCUGCAGCGCACGAAGGCACAAGUGAAGAACAUGGGAGAAGUGACGAAGACAGACGUGGUGCUUUGGCUCAGACCCACCGAAGAGCAGAUCGAAUUCUACAAGAAGGUUCUCGCGAACGCUUCUUUCAUUCGGGACGCGCGACAGCACGGCAAACUAGGAGCGGUAGUCUUCAAGGCGAUCACGUACCUCAAGAAAGUGUCGAACACUAUGGUGCUCUGUCAUCCAGACUUCACCACCCCAGGGUCUUGGGUAGACUACGUGCGCGAACUCCAAGAAGAAGUGAAAAAAGAAAUUCAACAGAAGGGUCAAGACAAGGCAACAACACCUGGUGCAGCGAUAGAUGGCGCGUCUAGUGCGGCAGUCCUUAAUGGACGAGAGGACAGCAAAAUGCCACGAGAGCCUCGUGUCUUGAAGAGUGAGCAACAAGAAGAACAACCGGCAUUUGCAACUUCUUCAAAGAUGAAGACUAUUUGCCGACCGCAAGCAGUUGCAGGCACUACAACUUCUGUUGCCCCUUUUGCAAAAGGAAACUUAUCCACGACAAAUGGUAAGAGCAUACCGAAUAUGGCAGCGGGAACGGGAGGCGCAGAGGAUGAAUUUUUUGAUAUCGAUUCAGAUCCCGAUGAGUCUCCGAUUAGGGAAGACGAAAGCGAUGAUGGCUUCCUCUCCUCUGAUGACGAGAAACGAAAGGCGAAGAAGGCUGCUGCAGCUGCAGCUGGCACGGCGAGUAAAGAUGCCAGGGGUUGCACUUCUGCAGUAGGAGCCGAUGUGCAGGAGGUCCCCAGCACGCCUCCGCGGAAAGCGGUCGCGGGACAAGCGAGAAUAGACUGCACUCCUGGCGAGGCUGCAGCAAAAGUCGUUGCCUCACCUUUGCGCCGGCGAUCCGGUUCCUUAUCUCCUAUAAAGAUGGAAAAAGACGCCGCUGCGAGCAUACGGCCACGGCGUUCUUCUGCACUCGCGCUGACGGCGAACGAGAGCGCGCUGGUAUCGGAGGGCGCAGUUACGAAGACGCGACACCUGCCGACUCUACGCGACGAAGCGGUCAAACUCGCGUUCCUGGCACAGUUUCUACCUCAUCUAGUUCAGCAGGGACACCGUGUCUUGCUUUUUUCCGGCUCCACAAAGAUGCUAGACAUCCUCAUGUCAGCCGUAUUGAAGCCUCUGCAGCUCAAAUGCUUGCGUAUCGAUGGAACCACGGACGUGGAAGCAAGGAACAAGAAGGUAGAGCGGUUUCAAGCAGAGAAGUCGCCCUUUCCGGUCUUUCUGGCGUCGACGCAGGUAGGCGGAGUCGGACUUACACUGACCGCAGCGGACCGGGUCAUCAUCGUAGACCCCAGUUGGAACCCCUCCACCGAUCAUCAAGCCAUAGACCGCGCCUUCCGAGUGGGCCAGCGGCGCAACGUCGUUGCCUACAGACUCAUCGCGACGGGCCUGAUCGAAGAAAAGAUGUUCCGCUACCAGGUCUUCAAGCAGGGACUCGCAAAAAGCUGUCUCACCACAACCACUACUUCCACAGCAACAACAACGACAAGUUCUAGCGCACAGAUGAAUCAGCAUGUGAUGAAAGAGCAAAAUCUAUUUGCACCAGGCGCCGUGGCGAGAACCAAAACUAUUAGUGCGGAUUCCCCGUCAGCUAGCUCUAGUGGCGAAGCAGGACUUGUGUUUAUGACAGAUGACGACGCAGAGCUGGAACUCGCUUUGGCGCGGGCACCGGUGGUGGAGCAGCAAGCGCGGUACUUUUCGGAUCGCGACAUCAGUGAUCUCUUCGAGUUCCUGGAGCCAGAAGCCCUCGAUACCUGUAAACGCCUUGAAACGGAGCACGGGAGACCAGAUAAAGUCUGGGAAAUGUGGCGCCAGGAUGCUGCCCCAAUUGCUGAAAUUUAUGACUCAUACGCGUUUGCGCACCAUGCAUAGUUCGUUUACUUGGAUAUGCAGUUUCGAAACUGACUGUAAAUACCAAAGUUAGCGUAUAGAGGCGAGACUCAGACUCGAUGUAUGAGGGUAGAGUAGAGGUGCUAGUGUGGGUGAGAGUGUCCGUGACGGAAUACAACUCAAUCGCGUUCAUCCUCAUCGCGGACAGCUCUAAAAAUUAGCGACAACAAAGCGUCGCAGGCCUCGUCAGGGAAUGGAUGAUGAAGACUCUGACCCAUCGGACGAGGAGGAAGUGCCGCUCGCUCCCGACGUAGCAAAACGACGAAAGUUAGACGACGGAACAAUCCGCCCUUCCGGGCCGUCGACGGCUGGGGCAGCUAUAGAACAGACGAACGCAAAGGGAGGAUGUCCAGCGACAACUUCGAUAAAGGACGAUAUUGGCCGCCUUUUUGGCAAGUUCGUUCUCGGUCUCAGCGACUACAGCUGCCUCUUUGGCGCUCCCGCACGAACCGCACUGAAGCUGGAGAACUUGAAGUUGCUGGAAGAUGCAGCCGGAACUUCGCCACUCGACAACGAAGAUGUUUUACCUUCAAUGUCAGCUCGUGAUCAGGCUACAGCAGCCCAACAUCAACAUGCGCAUACGAUUAGUUCUUCAUCAGGAGCUCCUCUUCCGAUAAACAGUAUUUCCGGAAAUGCAAGUAGUACACCGUUGCACCCGUCCUCUUCGUCUACCGGUCCGCGUGUUCCGAUAUUCGAACAGAAACGACGUCUGGCAGAUGAGGUCAAGGCGAUGAACGCGAAGAAAGUCGAUAGUUCCUUCCGCCGACAAGAGGCGGAAAAGGCGGCACGCGAGGCGAAGACUGCGGUGGCGGCCGCGGAGCAGGCGCUGCGAGACGCCGUUGAAGGCAGCAAAACUCGCAAGCAGGAGGAAAAAGCGGCGAAGCAAGCGUGGACAGAAGAGACGCGAAGGCUCGACGAGUUCGAGAAGAACAAACGAGCCGCAGAACGUGGUGUAGCUGCUGCGGAGAACACGUUGAAGGGACUCAAGCAGGCUCUGGAUACAGCUAAGAGGGCCGUAGAGACGGCCAGGCAGAAGGAGACAGCAAAAAAAGCCGCAGCAGAGGAGUACGAAAAGAAAUUUGCAGAGAAAACGAAACUCAAGCUUUCCGCAGCAGAACAAGCAGCCUUGGACGAAACAGAAAAUCGGCAAGUAGAGCUAGAGGUCGCGGAGAAAGGCAAGGAACGCGACGGCAAGCGCACUCGCCUCGAUAACCAAGUGGAGAAGACGAAAAAUGUUUUGCAUAGUGCAGGAUCGAAGCAAGCUGCUAUCUCCUUCGAAAAAAUGUGCAAAUUAAGCAUGAGUGCUUUGGAAUUGCAGUGGGAAAGGGAGCAGCUCGAAAAACGCGCUGAGGAAGCAAAAAAAGAGGUCGAUGACUUCGAGGGGCCAGCUCCCGUAUUCCUGCAGAAAAACCAGGAACGAACCAAUGAAAACAACAAUGUUGGAGCAUCAUCAUCGUCUUCAUCCUCGUCAACAGGAGGUAGCUUUGUGUUGAAUGCAUUGCAGAACUUCGGUCAGCGAGUAGCACAGCGCGCACUCGGAAAGACGCGCGCGGCCGUAGCUUCUGACGAUGAAUCCCCCGAUUCUGAGCUUUCGCGUGCGCACAAAAAACUUCGAGAAGAGGACGCGAACAUGCAAGCACAUAGGAAAACAAUCGAAGCGAAGCGUCUCCUCCACGUGGCAGCCACAACAGCGUCUGAGAAAGCGAGGCAAGAUGAGGAAAAACGGAAAGCCGAUCUCGCGGAAGAGAAAGAAAAAUCAAAAAUGCUCCUCAAUGAGGUACCGACUAGUACUAGUCCUAGUGUUUUCAAAUAAAAUGCAUCCUGUGCAAAAUAAAACUUCAUCCUAGAGAUGUGGAAGGCCGACAGCAUGCACGACCCUAAAGAAACCUACUAUAUCCUUAUCUUCGCCAAGGCUGUUACUUUUCUUGUGCCUUAUGUUGAUCAAUCUAUGUACGACCGAAGUCGAAAACCAGUAUUGGCGGUUUAUCUCUUUCCUUCUAUAGACGAGCAAACCGUUUCACAGAUCAAAGAAUCGCGGGAAGCCGAGAAGGUGAUGAUUAAAGAGCUGGAAGCGAAGACUGCAGAACAUGGGAAGCUGGAAAAAAAGCUACAAAUUUUCGAGGAGCGAAAACGACAGGGCAUGAAGGAUCUCAUGCGCGAGAAGUAUGACGAGAACCAAGUUGAAAAGCUCGCUAAAAAGAAGUAGCAGUAAGACCCUGCUUGCCUCGGAGAGCGGUGUUUGUUUUGGGUGAUCAUACUUCUACUCUUUAAGGGGAUGAGGGCUUCUUGCAGCAGUAGCUGCUGCGCCAAGUGUAAACAGAGACAAAAUCCAUGGGUAGCACUGUCCCGUUUGUGGGCGUUGUUUGUCAUCUUCGUUUUCUGAAUCCAUUUCAUCUCAAACGCAAGCUCAAUCUUUCACAUGCUUGGGAUUGAGUAGAACUUCAAUUUUUCAUCUAUCCGAUAAUUGGACGUGGAGCUCCUACGAGUAGUACCAAUGUUUUGCAGCGACUGUGUGUGCAGUCAAGAUCUCCUCAUCGAAUAUUCCUUUAGUCAUUGGCAAACUCCAAAGCGGCCUGAGAUUUCCUUUUGCUUCGCACCUCUCUGAACGUAUUCAAGACGGUGGCAAGUUUUGCCUGACCACACUGUCGC